UAUAGCCAUACUCACAAUAUCUCCUUCUCUAUUAUAAAUCAAUCUCUCUCUAAGUCUCAAUAUUAUAUUUUUUUUAAUGGCAGAGGACAAGAGUGGAGAAGAGUUUAGUUUUGGAAGGAGUACUGUAAAUAUGGGACGAAACGGGCUGCCUAAGAUCGAAACGGGGAAGAAAACGACGUCGUCUUCUUCUUCAGAAGUGCAGGAGGUUUGUUACGAUGACAGCUCAGCUCCUGUAAAGGCCCAGACAUUGGAGGAGCUUCAUUCACUUCAGAAGAAGAAAUCCGCACCUUCUACUCCCAUUAGGGCUUCUGGUUCACCAAGAUUGUUCCCCAUUUCUGAAGAGGAUCUUCAUAAACAGAAGCUCGAAUCCAUCAGUGCGUCAUUGGCGUCAUUGACGAGAGAAACAGGGCCAAAGGUGGUUAAGGGUGACCCAAACACAGCAAGGAAAUCAGAGUCUCAAAAGACCCCAACUCACCACACUCACCGCAGUCACCAUUUUGAUUACUCUUCUCCUCCCACCAUUGCUGUCAGUGACAGCUCCCUCAAGUUUACCCAUGUUCUCUACAACCUCUCUCCUGCUGAAUUGUAUGAACAAGCUAUCAAGUCAGAGAAAGGUUCGUUCAUAACGUCAACAGGUGCAUUGGCCACACUGUCUGGGGCUAAGACAGGUAGAGCUCCACGAGACAAGCGUGUUGUUAAAGAUGACACCACUCAAAAUGAGCUGUGGUGGGGAAAGGGCUCUCCUAAUAUUGAAAUGGACGAGCAAACUUGGGUUACAUUAAAUUUUAUUGGUUUUAUUAAAACUUGGGUUGAUUGGAUAGUUCUUUGCUGUGUUAGCCCAUGUUGUUGGUGAUCAAUUGUUAAUGGGCUUAGCAUCUGUGUGUAAAGUCUAGGUGAAGCAGAAGUGUGGGCUUUUCUAGUUGACUGAAGCCUUUGAUGAGCAGGCCCAGCCCAACUAGGGUUUUGUAGCUAAGUCCCCUCCCUAACUCUAUAAAUACAUAUUGUCUCAUCACAAUUGUAUACCUUUUGAUAAUCAGAUAAAAUAAACUGCUUCUGAUUUAGAGAUCUAGGGAGGAAGACUUAGUUGAUAGUAUUGUACUAUCAAAUUGGAGUAACUGCUGUGGAUCAAACUGAGAUAAUUGCUAUGGAUCAAUCAGGUACACAUACCUAAUUAUUAUAUCUUAUUAUUGUGUUCUAUGUUAUAUACAAAUAGAUCUUGGGUUAAUUAUUGUUAAUUUAUCUAACAUGUGGUAUCAGAUUGCCUAUUGUAUAUGAUUUAGAACCUAUAAUUAGUAUAUCAAUUAAUAUGUAUAUGUUAAUUUUCUUCAAUUACAUAUUAAUUUCGCUAUUAUUUUAUAUUGAAUUUUUUGUUUUUCAAUCUUAAAAGGUUAGGGAUUUUAUUCAUUAUUGAAUUUUCUUUCUUUUGAUAUAUUACUUGCUUAAAGUAAUUGAACAAAUUAGGAGAAUUUUAAGAUUAAAUUUUUAGGGUUUAUAUUUUUUUUUUCUUUAUGAAAUUUAAUUUGGGAUUUUUGAUUCUAUGGUUUAUACACUAAAAUUGAUGGUGCAAAUCUCAUUACCAAUUGAUUUAAAAUGUUUCUAGACGUUUGAUUUUUUCGAAUUGGAUGAGACACAUAGCCAAAUCGGUUCUUUAAGUUCUUAUAUUUUCGGAUUAGUUUCAUUAAAUUCAAGCAUUGUUUUACAUGUUUAAUCCCAAAUUGAACCCAUAAAUAGAGUAGAAAAUCGAUUCCGGACAAAACCCCUAGCUUUCCCGUUGUUUUCGUCGAUUUUUGGCAUUUUUUUUUCGUCUCCGACCCGACCGCCUGGAACCGGGUCGUGCGACCCACUUUCAGACCCGGUUCAAGCUUGAAGAUGAAGUCUGCCAGCAAAGCCCACUCUCGGCAGCGGCGCGUGGGGGCGCGUGCGGUGCCGUCCGGCGUCGUUUUUUUGACGAUUCUUUUUUCCAGCGUUAUUAGAAUUUAAUUUCUGAUUUUUUGGUGAUUUUUAAUUAAUUUUUUGACUCCGUUUAAUAAUUAUUAUUAUUUUAAUGAUAAUUAUGCAGUUAAAAAAUUAUUAAAAAUAAUUUUUGAUGAUUUUUCAAAAUCCGUAAAUCAUAGAAAAUUUUUUGGGUUUCUUCUCGUUCCAUAAGACAUAGUCACUCUCUUAUUUGAUUUAUAUUGACUAUGUAAUCUCCACCAAUAUUUUUUGUUUCACAUCUUUUAAUUAUUUGUUGUUCUAAAGUUAUAAAACUUGAUUGUUUGAUACAAAAAUAAUGUGUUAUGGUGGACACUUUAUUUUUUGAUUAUCAAUAUAAUAAAAGCAAUUAUAUAUCUCUUUUGGAAAUUUGGUUGAAAAUUAUUCUUUUUCAAUGAUUGCUUUAUCACCAAAUUUCACAUGUUGAAGAAAAUAUUAUAUCUUUUGGUUGACUAUAUGUGUAAUUACUUGCCCAAAGGUAGUAUUUACAUAUAUUAGUUCACAUUCCAUGAAGUGAGUUAAUAUUAAAUGUAUAUAUUUUAAUUAUUUGCCCAAAGGUAAUAAUUUAAAUAUAUAAAUUUAUUAUUAUUUUUUGCUUGAAUUAAUACAUAUUUUUAAGAAAUUUAUUUGCCCAAAGGUAAUAAAAUUCUUAAAUGAUAUGUAUUUUUUCUUUGUUGUUAACUUCAUGAAGGUAGAUCAUGUGUGUGUUAUAUUCUCACCCCAAAGGGGAGUUUAUAAUGACCAGUUGAUUAUACAAUAUUUUCUAAUGCAUUGCUCAUAUUGCUUAUUCAAGUUUUAAUUUUUUAAAUUUUGCGGUCUCCUUUCUGCGAACAACAAUAACGUUUUCAUCUGAAUUCUGAAGGCUUCCAACUUUAAGACAUGGAAACGAGAUGUGAAAAUUACUUUAGGCAUAAUAGAUUUGGACUUAUGCCUUCGAGAAGAAAAAUCUAUUUGAUCUUAUUCUAAUAUCAGAAUUGUUGCCCAAAAAUUCUUCAUGCACAUUGGAAAAAUUCAAAUCAUCUUAGUCUCAUUGCUAUGAACCGUUUAAUUCCUGAACAUCUUUUGAUGGUUUGCAAAACACCUCAAAUACUAAUGAGUUUUUCAAAGUAGUAGAAAAACUAUUUCACACUAGUGAAAUCGCUAAAGCUGGACAUCUUAUGGAUGAAAUGGCAACCAUUAAGUAUGAAAAAUCAAAGGAGUGCGAGGUUUUAUUCUGAAAAUUAUUCAUGUUCAGAUCGAGUUGAAAGAACAUAAUAUUCCUCUUCCCGGCUUUUACACCAUUCUUUAAAGUUCUUCAUGAACUCCCUACCUCUUUUAGCUUUAUCAAGACUGCCUAAACACUUAUAAUAAAACAUGGAGUUUUAGUGAUCUAAUUUCUCAGUGUGUAGCUGAAACAAGCAAGCUAACAAAAUGAAAAGAAUGAGUCUUCUCACUUUGUUUCUCAACUCAAGCCCAACAAA